AUGGCCCAACCUAUCCCCGUAGUCCUGUGCGGCAGAACCGAAAAGAUCGGCACUGCCGUUAUCGCGGCCCUCAAACCCGAGUUCGAAGUCAUUCACUUCAUCAUGACUCCCGAGGCUGGACUUGUCCAGAUUCCGGCUCUGUUGCGGGGAGAAGCCGAUGUGCCAUCCGACAGUGAACUAGGCUCCAAGAGUUAUGAACGCGGGGUGGGUGCCAUUAUUUUGGGGGCCGGAUAUGAAGAUGAGGACAUCCAGCGGCUACGUGAGGCGGCUGGAACCCUCUCCACUGUACCUUGGCUGCGACCCGAUACCACCAAGCCUGCGCCACCUUUGGGCCCGGCCUAUGGUCAAGCAUUGGUUGAGAGGAUCAAGGAGACUGUGAACGAGUUGCAGGCAAGCGCAAAAUUGGCCAAGGACGCAGUCGUGUGGUAUUAG